GACUAUUAAUGAUCUUUCUAACCGGAACCUACUCGGAAACUCUUUUCCGAUAGUGACACUUCAACUGCCCAAAAAUAUGUAACAAUGUACAAAACUACCCUCUAAAGUCUAAAACACACAAAUCCAUAAUUAAACCACGAAACGACGAAGUUUUUAGAUUACAUCUUCCCCUUACUCUGUUCUCGCAAUCUCAAAAUGGGUCUGAGCCAAACCGCAACCAUACUCGUCGCCGUAUUCGUGUUUUGUCUAAUCGCCGUCACGGCUCAGCUCGCCUACGUUCUAUGGUGGAAACGCCGGUUUCGUCGUCGGAGUAUCGCCGGAUCAGAACUCGACGCUUUCUCCUCCCGCGGAGGUGACCCGACGGCGACACCGCCGCCGUCAAAAGAGCUUCUUUACUUCUUCCUCUUCUGUCUCGAGAACAAACAGUUCCGAAUAGGAUCCGCCACCGCUCCGCCUCUCCCACCAGCCGCACCGCCGAUGGAUGACGUGGCAUCAAAGUGGUCAACCACGGGAGAGAAUCUACUUUGUGGUCCUUCCGAGACUCUGUUUACCAUCGCUGAAGACUGUACUAGCGAGACCGAUCAUAAUCAUCGAACGGCUGAGAUUGAACGACGUGGAAGCGUAUCUAUGGACGAUCAUCAUGUGAAGGAUGAAGAAUUGGAAGAUGGUUUUGUAGUAAGGGAGAGAAACGACGACGAGGUUGACUCUUGUGACUAUGAUCACCACGACGACGGAACGACGCCGUUCUCUACUCCUUGUGGUUCGCCGCCGUUUUAUACGCCGUCGCCUUCUCCGGUUCGUGAUGAAAUCCCGAAGAAGCUAGGUCAGGAGAGUUUGUACGGCUGAGAUAACGGAGAGAGUCAUAAAUCGGGAAUUGACCCGUUCAAAGAUACGGUGUCAAUCAGGGGGUGGGUUUCAUUUUUAUCCGGUUUGGUUUCUUAUGAGUAGUAAACGAUUUAACCAGAUUAAUAACUGAACCGAGACCCUAUUGUAAAUUUGUAAAUUUGUAAAUCCAAUAGGUUCUGUUUCUGUUUU